UAGUAUUGAAAUAUAUUAGUUAAUACUAUGGAUUUUGAUAAAGACUGGCGCUUAGUUUGGGUUGAUUUAGAAAUGACUGGGCUUGAUGUUGACAAAGAUCAUAUUAUUGAAAUGGCUGUUCUUAUUACAGACUCUGAUUUAAAUAUUAUUGCUGAAGGUCCAGAUAUCAUUAUAAACCAACCUGAAAGUAUUCUUCAGAAUAUGGGUGAUUGGUGCAAAGUACAACAUGGAAAAUCUGGUUUAACGAAAGCUGUCCAAGUAUCUCGAGUCACGCUGAAAGAAUGUGAAAGGGAAAUGAUAUGUUUUGUAUCAAAGUAUACCAACAAAGAAAAAUGUCUUCUCGCGGGAAACACAGUUCAUGUUGAUAAAGAGUUUUUAAAAAAGUAUAUGCCAGAUUUUAUAUCUCUUCUUCAUUAUAGAAUAAUAGAUGUAAGUACUGUUAAGGAACUUUGUCGGGCAUGGUAUCCUUUGGAGUAUGCUAAUGCACCCAAAAAAAUAAAUUCCCAUCGAGCUUUAGCAGACAUUAGAGAAAGUGUCGAUGAGUUAAAGUAUUACAGAAAUGCUAUUUUUAAAAGUUCAUAAUAUUUUUCUGAAUAGAACUUAUACUAAUCGAUUUAUGAAA